GAACAGCCAAUGUAAACAGAUCCUAGUACCGGAGAGAGCUCUGCGAUACAGUCAUAAGGACAAUCCCUCGACACAUAAUCCGAAUCACAGAGCACGUGAACAGGGAACAUGGCGUCUACUUUUCGAUCGUAGACAACCGAAUGGAUUUAUGAUUAUUCUGUGAGUUCCAAACACACACCUAUGGUGUGAUCAAAGAAACCCCGGAAUAUUAUACAUGUAAACAGCGGUCGGACAUAGAAGACAUAGAAAAUGGCCGCCACAAAAUUAACUCCGUGCUGGUGUGUGUUAUUCAUUCUUUUUGUUGGAAGUCACGGUUUAAAUUUGGCCUGUAUCGAAGUCAAACGAGCUUACAUAGCUCAGGGAGGAAACGAGCACGAUGUUCCAAUCCAGGCGAUCUCUGGAGAACACCUGGAAGUAUGCCCGCAGGGUCACACAUGUUGUACGCGCGACAUGGAACAGAAGUUAAAGUCACUCGGUACCAAGGAGUAUGCUAAAUUAGUAGAUGAAUCUUUUAGAUAUGUAAAAAGUACUUUUGUAUCAAGAACAAGAAAAUUUGAUGAAUUUUUUACAGAGCUUCUUGAUAAUGCAAAGAAGGAUUUGCAUGAAAUGUUCGUGAAGACAUACGGUCUUUUAUAUCAACAAAACUCUGAUGUGUUCGCGAAUUUAUUCAAGGACUUGCGGAGUUACUACAAAGGGACGGAUAUAAGUCUCUUUGAUGCCUUAGACAAUUUCUUCCGUAACUUACUAAGGAAGAUGUUCAUGUUGCUGAACCCAACACUGGUGUUCGACGAAACGUUUCUUCGGUGUGUGACGAGCCAGAUGAGCAAAUUGAAACCUUUCGGGGAUACACCUCAACAGUUAUCAUUAAAAAUAAAACGAUCUUUCGUAGCAGCACGGACUUUUGUGCAGGGAUUGGCUAUUGGUCGGGAUGUAGUUCUUGAAGUACUGAAGAUACCCCCAACAGAGGCGUGUACCAAGGCGCUGAUGAGGAUGAUGUACUGCCCCCAUUGUCGGGGCCUCACACAAACCAAGCCCUGCAAUAACUACUGUCUCAACACCAUGAAGGGUUGUCUGGCUCACCAUGCUGAACUUAACCAGCUCUGGAACGAUUACAUUGAGGCGAUGAAACAGCUUGCCACACGUCUUGAAGGUCCCUUCAACAUCGAAUCAGUGGUGGAUCCGAUCGAUGUACAGAUCUCGAACGCCAUCAUGACCCUUCACGACAACGGGGAAGAAAUCAGUGACCAGAUUAAGCAAGGAUGUAGUAUCAGUCAGCUGGGAAGGUCAAAGCGAAAUGCUCGGUCAUCAGAUGCUAAUUCAACUGGUAACAAUGGUCAGCUCCCAGACGGCAUCAAAUCCAAGAUCCAAGGUCAACUGGCUGCCCUUGGAGGGGAUAAGAUCAGUGGCAUCCCCUUUGACCCGAGCAAGAUCGGGGAAGGGAACGAAACUGGCACGUCGCACCAACAGUACGACUACGGAAGGUAUGGCAGUCCCAGGAAAAAACAGAAAAAUCAUCGUCCCAACACUGCGGCUGGGACUAACCUUGACCGUCUUGUAAAGGACAUUAAGGAAAAGGUCAAGAUGGCCAAGGACUUCUGGGUACAACUGCCAUACGCCAUUUGUAAUGACGAAAAUCUUGCUGCUCAGGCCGGCAAUGAUGAAGACUGUUGGAAUGGACAGGACAGGGCAAGGUAUGUUCCUGAGGUACAGAAGGAUGGCAUUAUCAACCAGAUCAACAAUCCUGAGGUGGAGGUUGAUGUCAAUGAGGGCAACUUUGUCAUCGAACAACAGAAAAUACAGCUCAAGAUCAUCACCAGUAAACUGAACACUGCAUUCAACGGCGAGGAAGUCGACUGGAUAGAUACAGAAAUUGACGUCGGGUACAGUAGUUACUCAAGCGGAAUGGGAAGCGGUGAUGACUACAGUAUCGACGGCAGUGGAGCUGGUAGCGGUGACGGAGGUAGUGGCUCCGGAGACGGCUGGACUGGUGAUGACGAAGACGAUCUUCCACGUAGACCAAAUAAAGACAGGCGCCCAGGGAAUAAAGAUAGAAAUCGCAACAAGGGAUCAGGCAGAGACAAAACUCACACAGAUGAUAACUUCUUUAUUGGACCUGAAUAUGGCGUCAACACGAAUGACGGAAAUGGAUUUAAUCCCCCACCACGAACAGAGACCACACCCACACCAAGUGCGGCUGUACCACAAACAUCAGUGUCCUGGACGUGUUUGUCAAUAUUAGUUAUUACAGUGAUAAAAACAGCUAUAGAUAUUACACUUUGAAGAUAACAGAAAAGAUUAGUAUGCAGAGGAAAGUAAGAUCAUAAAGUAUUUGAAGUGAUACAAAAAUUAUUUUGUGACGGAUAGAAAAAGCUGUUCAAGUCCAGGUCGUAUGGAAGCUUGGCAGGGAUACGUGAAUUACCAUACCAGAUGGGUACAUCAACUGGUACACUAGCCAAUCAUCUUUGUACAUAGGAUCAUGUGAUAUAUGCGACAUCGUCAUAUCCACACCUAUACCUUGUUGCCAUGGAGAUGGUAUCACCAGUAUACAGUAAUAGUCCUUAUAUAUGUUAUUCUGUCGCAAAAAAAUAUUGUGCGUACGAUACGUCGCAAUGUUGUGACGGUCAGUUUGUUACCAAAAUUUUCAUUGGCCAGUUCAAUUAGCAAUGGUCUAUAUAUGUAGCAUAUGAAUAUAUAUAUAUAUAUACAUAUUAUAUCAUCAUUACUACUGAUUACCAGGCAACAGAACACCCUUUUCACAACUUCUGUCAUCAGGCAAGUUUAAGUAGGUAUGUUAUAGUAAUUGUUGAGCUUGAAUUAUUAUUUUCUCUGAAGAUGUGGGGUUUAUUAGCAAUGAUAUAAGUUUUAUACUAAAUAGUUUCUCUAACUGAUUCAAGAGUUUCACCGUACAAAAGUUUGAGAUGCUGACAUAUCAACAAAGACAAAAGCUUGCCUGCAAUAGUGUCCACACUUAGUUGACCUUAUUCCCCUUUUGUCAAAUUGCAAACGUAAGAGCUGGCCUACAGAGUGUGACAUCGCAUCAAAAAGUACAAAACCCUCGUUAUCUUUAGGCUGAGGAAGAUGACCUUCGCAUGCGCACUGGUCAUGUGACUUUUACGUGACUCUAUACAUAGAAUACAUAUCAUGUGACCAGUGCACGGUGGAUAGACAUGUGAUUUCUAUAGCACUUUGUGACUAUUGAAGAACACUGAGCAUGUCUUGUCAAAGCCAGCACUCUGGAAUAGUGGAGCAGAUCAUCAACCAACCAUGGCACAGCAAUGGCUGUAAGGAGAUGUCAUCUUGGAUGGGAUAUUAGACAUUGAAGAGGCCUAAUUUUAUAGAUACAAAUUUACUUUCAUGUCUGGUAAACAUGUACAGUGUAUAUGUAUAUAAAGAUAGAUCUGGUCCUUGAAUAAACCCAUAACCUGUUGACGAAAUAUCAAGGAGAUUUAAAAAAAACUCUUCUUUGAAAUCUGAUUCAGAGAAAUGCUUAGUAUAUAUCUGUUUUUGCCAUUUAUAAUAAGAGUUUGUGCUACCCUGACGUUGUAGAGGUUCUGGGGGCCCAGACAGGAAGGUUGCUAAGGAUGAGAUAGAUGUGUGUCGCUAAUACUGUAAGUGCUAGCUGUGUUUAUAAUAAGGGUAAGUUUUACGGGGGAGACAAUGACGUCAUAUGAUGAUGACUAAUAUUUAGAUGGUUGUACAUAGAGUGUUGUUCGAAUCAUUGGGUUUUUUUCGUGUGUAUAAUUUCAUUACUAUACCAUUUUGCCAAAUUUUGUUUGUAUUAUGAAGUUCAUUUGUAUCCUAUUUUAAUUAUUAAUGAAAAACUGAUCACUUUAAUUAUUAUGUGUACAUGUAAGUUAUAAAUUAUAACGUUACUGAUUUUAUUUAUGUAAUAAAUGCAGUUGCCUAUAGGAAUACCGGUUUGUCAAAUUCAUUUUUUCUUUGCAUUUCUGCAAAUAUUUUGAUAAUUUUAUUCUGAUCACUGUUUGACAGUUUUACCAGAUUUUAGCCAAAAACAAUUUCAGUUUUAAUUGAACAAUUUGUGAUAAUUAAACAAGAUUUGUGAUAUAACAUCAGUUAUUGAUGUCAGAAUCACACCUUUCAUGCACCAUGUUAGACAAUCAAAAUCAUUACCAUAUGUUUAGGACUGAAAAUGUACUCGUGAAAACAAAUAUUUAAAAAAAAAAAUACAAAAGGAAAAUCAUGUACAGAACUAAAUCAUGUUGAAAUUGUUUUCUGUUUUAGUUCAAUCACAGCAAACAAAAUCAUUCAGGUUUUUCCAAUCAAAAUUGAUUUUACAUAACUGCAUGGGGAAUGUUGACAUGAGUUUUCAAUGAAUUUCAUUGGAUGUGAUUCUGUUUUAUCUAGAUAGGAUAAAUACAAUUGUGACCUCUUUAAUUGGGCUCUUUUGUGAUUUAUAGAAAAUGCUGAAUUAAUGUGAAAUAGCAAAACUGGAAAUAAGGCAAACCAUUUAUCAACAGAAUGCAUUUCUUAAUCACAUCAUCAGCCUAACACAACUAUAUUGGUAUACAGGUGUGUUGGACUGAUUCAAACCAGAUCCUUCACGCUGGUCCUCUGUGAUACACUCUAGUGUACGUGUAGCACCUGGCAACAUAAGGGGUCACUUUAUGCUGACCGUUAGGGCCCAACAACAUAAGGGGUCACUUUAUGCUGACCGUUAGGGCCCAACAACAUAAGGGGUCACUUUAUGAUGACUGUUAGGGCCCAACAACAUAAGGGGUCACUUUAUGCUGACCAUUAGGGCCCAGCAACAUAAGGGGUGACCAUUAACAAUAGCCAAUUACUGUGAUGCCCUCGAAAUUCUUAGUAUUGGAAAAAUAUGUGUGUUAUUCGGUAGUGUAAAUUGGAUAGGUCCACAGAACAUGAUCCCGGUGUCUGUUUCUACACCGUAGAGGAACAGAGUGAAGAUUUGAUUUGGAUCAAAAUUUACAGGUGUGUUAUCAUUUCAUCAAAUUAUUUUCACACACAGAUUAAGUAUAUAAGCUCAGGGUCUUUGAAAUUUCACUUUUGUUUUGAAAAUGUUUGGCUGAUUUGUUUCACAACUUCAACCAUUUACUACAUCACAAUGCCUAUAACACAACAGUUGUGGUUUUGAGCUGGUUGUUCAGUAACUGAGAUUUCUGUUGUCGCUGUCUGUGGUAUAGUGACAGUUAUUGUGUUUGCUCCUGAAAUACUUUUACUAAAAUAAAGCAAUGCACAAGAUGUGCAUGACAAAAGUACUCUAAGUGUGCAUGUAUUUAAUUAUCACAAUUGUAUUUUAGCGCUCAAAGAUAUGUUCAUCUAUUAGCAUAUUCAUUGAUUCCUUAACUCAUUCACCCUUGAAGACACAUUUGAACUCUUCCAAUUCAAAGGUUGGAAAAGUUCAUUAUGAAAUUUCAGAGGUGAAUGAGUUAACUUAGUAGAAGCAUGUAUUUCUCUAGUUAGCGAUAUACAAAAUUAGCACACACGGAAUAUUGUAAAAUAGCCUAAAAUGCGACACUCAAUAACGUAAGUUUAGAAUUGCUUUUAACUAUUUCUUUCGAAAAAAAAUCCAGAAUUGUAAAAAAGUUGUCACUGUAGUUGUAGAUAUACUGUGAUAGCUUAACCGUCUAUAUUUAUAUCAGCUCGGCUCCGGAAAACUAAUUACAUAGAGGAAUUGUGUAACAAUGGUGGACACGUCAUGUGAUUUCUGCUGUACAUACAAAAUACAGCUUGUUGGUUGUGUUACAUUAUUGGUCUUUGUGUCGCAUUUCAUUUUAAUUAAAAGAAAAAUAUAUUUGUUGUCUCUAAUAAAUAUUCAAGAUUGCAAACAUUUCAUGUUUGGUUUAGAUUGUAAAAUGGCUCUUGAUAUAUAUUGACCAAUCAGACUUAGUGUUAUUGUAUUCAGAUUGUAAGCUCUGUUUAUAUUAGAAUUUAAGAUGUUUCUAUGGGUCAAUUUCUGACACAGGCUUUUAGAAAUCAUUUUGAUUCUUUCUGGUCCCUAUCAUGGGGCAGUAAGGCAUAUUUUUAUCGAAGUUUAGAAAUCCAGGAAAAGAAAUGGAGUUUAGGGGUAGGAUGAUAAAGUAAGGUUUGGGGGCAAGGAUAGCCUCUAUAUAUAGAAAUGACCAGUAAGUAUCGACGUUGUGAUUGGUCAGUGUAACGAUAAGGUUUCAAGGUCAGUAGUCAGUUUUCAUUGUGAUGUCUGAAAUGACCUUGUAUCUGACAUGACCUUAAUGACAUGACCUCGUGUCAUGUAUAUGACAUUGUGUGUAUAUGACCUGAUAUUGGGUAUGACAUAUGACCUUGUGUGUAAUAUGACCUUGUGUUGUACAUUAUCACGUCUCUGAAGUGUUCUGGUGUUUACAGUUAACAGUUGUCAUAGUAAUAGCAGUCUGUUUAUAACGUAUAUAAUCUGAAAAACUUGCUAAUUUCUCGCCCCCGUCGGAUACAACAGGCACACACCUGUAACAAUCUAAAUACCACAGUAUUUUGCUGGUUGCAUUUUGUCUAACACCUGUUCAGGAGUAGCAGCAGACCUGGCGUUUGACCCGUUGUAAUGUCUGUUAAAUAUAUGUCAGGUUUUAAAACCAGGUACCUGUGAAUGUGUGUGUCUAGGUGUCUUGUGUUUGUGUCUCUAAACUGAACCAGAUGAUCUGUUUAUCUGUACAUGUAUGCAUGCAUCUUAACCGACUUAAGAUAUCCUGUACCUGUUCAAACUGUAGAAAAUGUAAUAUUUUUGAAGCAGUCUUCGAUCAGAUACGUAUAUAUUAAAUUCAAACAUUGAAUAUCCCCCAAUGUUAUGGUAAGGGGUAGAAAUCUUAAAUUCAAGAGUAUUCAACAGAACAAUUUUAAAUCUGGAAUUAUUAUUUUUUCAUGGUUGGGAUUUGUUUUCAAAGAUUUGGGUUUGAAAAAUGAUUAAAGCAGAUGCUUUGCUUGAUAUAAUGUCCAGUUUUGUUUAGAAAAACUGCUGGUGUUUUUUUUGUAAUGAAGAUCAUAUCUAUGUAACAAAUAAACUAUUGAUGUGACAUGGAUUUUAAUAGUGCAACAUUGUUUUUAUUUUAUUUUUAAAUCACAAUAUAUCGCCCAGUCAGCAUUGAGUUGAUUUUCUGUUUCAUGUUGGUCAUUUGUGUUUGUUUAUUAUUAUUAUUAUUAUACAGCCCACGCGGCUUGUUAGUGGUUUGUUUUAUUGACAGUAGGUGUUUUACUGACUUACAUUUGAAAAAAUGAUUGUAUUUCAGAAUUAUUCAGUUGAGCUAUUUAAUAUAUACGGUAGACUUCAAAAUCAGAUUUCAUGAACAUUUUAACGAAAACACAUUUACAAUACCAGAACUACAUAACUCAUAAUUAAAUACAAAACUUUUAUUU